AUGGCCGUAAUGGAACUCACUCUUGCGAGGUAUUAUGACUUCUUUCGAUAUGUUCUAGGUGUAUUGCUCUUUUUAGCAAGUUACAUCGUCGCAAUUGUGCUGUACCGUCUUUUCCUAAGCCCCCUUGCCAAAUUCCCUGGUCCUCCUCUCGCAGCGUCAACACGACUUUACGAAACUUAUUAUCAAAUACUGAAGGGCGGUACAUUCACCUGGCAUAUCGACGAACUUCACAAGAAAUACGGCCCUGUUGUGCGGAUAACCCCUUGGGAGAUACACAUCAAAGAUCCAAGUUACUACUACACUGUCUACGCAGGGCCGGGGAAGCAUAGAAACAAAGACUCCUGGUUUAGCUUUAUUUCAGUCCCACAUUCAAUCUUCUCCACAAAUAGUCAUGACCUCCACAGACCUAGACGAAAGGUUCUAGGACAGUUUUUCAAGAGGCAGGCUAUCGUUGAAUUUGAGCCUGCGAUUAGAGCUACACUUGAGUCACUCUGCAAACAUUUUAGCACCGCUGUCGAAAGCCAAGAAGCUCUAGAGCUCCAUGCCGCAUUCUACAGCUUUACCAGUGAUAACCUUUCUCGAUACGCCUUUGGGACGCGAGAUGCAUUUAAAUACCUCGAGGAACCGAAGAUCCCAGAUACGUGGAAAGACAGUCUUACGGCAAUGUUUGGUUUCUGUAGGCUUAUCAGACAUUUUCCCAUCAUCUCCCAUGUUGGACACAUGUUCCCACGUCCAGUCUCCUGGGCCGUGCCAUCAUUUGGCUGGCUACGACGCCUGGAAGAUGAUGCCAUAUUUCUUAUGAUGGCAGGCACAGAUGCACCCGCUCAAGUUCUUGCAAUUACUAUAUUCCACAUACUGAACAAUCCUGAGGUUUUCAAGAGAUUGAAAACAGAACUUGUCAAUGGCUUACCAGAUAUAACAACUACCUCUACCCUGGAGGAGCUGGAGAGCAUCCAUUAUCUUAGCGCCGUUAUCAGAGAAGGUCUUCGACUUUCCUCUGUUGUAACAACGAGACUUCCUCGUUCUGCACCCGAUGAGGUUCUUCAAUAUAAUCAAUGGAAAAUUCCAGCAGGGACGCCGGUAAGCAUGUCGACCUAUUUCAUCUUGAGGGAUCCAGAAAUUUUUCCCGAACCCAGAUCUUUUCUACCAGAGCGCUGGCUACUAUCGCGAGAUGAACUCAAGGCUCUCGAAAAAUACCUUGUUCCAGCAUCUAAGGGAACUCUCGGUUGUCUGGGUCAAAAUCUGGCAUGGGCAUGGUUACAUAUCAUUAUAGGAACACUAUUUAGAAGAUUUGAACUGACCCUACAUGACACUACCGAAAGGAAUGUGGAAAUGACCCAGGACAAUUUUAUCGGGCAAACAGAUUCUGGUAUGAAUAAGAUUCAAGUAAAGGUACUCGGAGAGUACACUCGUUGA